AUGUUGCGACGGUUAUCUCUCCUCCUCCCUAUCACCGGUCUUGCGGCCGUGGUUACACCAGUGGUUGCGCAACUGCCUUACAAUCCCACGCGCAUCGUCCCGGCGAAGGACGGCUCGGUCGCCUACCUCUUCUCUCCGCAGCCGUCGUCGUCGCAAUUCGCAUUGUAUGCGCUCGACACGGCGGACAAUGUCUCUUCCUCCUCUACGAAGACCGCGAUCUCGGGCGCGCUGCCGUUCCUCUCCGAGACCGAGUCCAAAGCAUUCGUCACCAUUCCCGACGGUGCAGGAAUCGCCGUGUUGGCGGGAGACUGUGGGAAUCCCGCCGAAGAUUUGGAAUUGUGGAGGUUCACACCCGACGACAAUGAAGAAGCUAAAAACGGCUCCUGGUCUACCUUGCCGUUGGCCGCGGGCGACGACUCCCUAGGCUGCAACUACCUUUCUGCUGGGUUUGCUUUCUCUCCGUCUGCCUCGGUUGAGGAUGCGUCCCUCUAUGUCUUCGGAGGAAUGUGUCCGACUGGGACAUCCUCUGCUGCGGCAACCUGGGUUUCGGACGCGGUUUAUUCAAAUACAAUGCUGACCUUUGCGCCGGACUCGACUUCGAACGGCAGCGCCCCUUAUAAAAUAUCAAUGACCGGAGCCAGAGCGCCGCCCAUUGCAGAAGCAGGGCUCACCAUCACGGCCCUCACGCCCACCUUCUCAAACACAUCCAACACCAAUGUGUCGCAGCAACAGAACUUUGUCCUUCUCGGUGGCCACACACAGACGGCCUUCAUCAACAUGUCACAGUUGGCCAUCUUUGCCCUGCCUCAAGAGUCCUGGGCCUUCGUCGGUGUAUCUCCAGCGACAGUUGCCGGUGCCCAAAGGUUCCGCACAAGAGCCACCGCGACAACGGUCGAACCUCGCUCUGGCCAUACCGCCAUCUUGGCCGACGAUGGGUCUCAAAUCUUUGUGUUUGGUGGCUGGGUCGGAGACAUCAACACGCCAGCACAGCCUCAGUUCAUCGUACUGGAAGUCGGUCAGGGCUACGGCGGCCAGGGAGAGUGGACAUGGUCUACUCCCACUUCAGCUUCGGAUCCCUUUCCAUCGGGCUCUGGUACAGGCAUAUAUGGCCAUGGUGCGGCCAUGCUCCCUGGAGGGGUCAUGAUGGUAUCUGGAGGAUACUCCAUCGACGCCUCUGGCUCAAAAAGUAAACGCAAACGCCAACCGUCGGACACUCUCCUGUUCUUGAAUACAACCAGUCUAGAAUGGACCAGCACCUACACGAAUCCUUACCCAUCAGGCUCGCCUCCUGCGUCGCCAAGUGCAUCGUCAUCGACCACGGGACUGAAAUCUUCGGAAAGGGCAGGCCUGGGAGCCGGCCUUGGUCUCGGUCUGGCUGCAGCUGCUGGCGUCGCUGUUGUGUGGCUGUUGUACUCACGAAAGCUUAGGGCAAAGCGUGCCCUUCGCGAGAAGGAGAUUAGAGAGCUCGCUCUGGGGGCUGAACGAUACCGAUCACCGACGCCGCCUGGCGAAACCCGCGAAAGGCCUGGUGACGGAAUGCGAAGUGCCAGCUGGAAUGGCAUACAGGAACGUGAGCUCGAGAGCUCAGGCGAUUCUUUCCCUUGGGCCCCGGUGGCGCUGACAGCCAAAAAUGGAAAGGUCCGCUUGGCCGUAGGUGCUGGCAGAGGAGAAAGUGACGCCUCUCGAUAUGCUGAGCGCACUGGCGUUCAGAGGGAAGUCCCCAGUCCCACGCGGGGCCUGAGAAAGAACCUGGUCUCCAGAGCUCCGACAGGACCUGGUCCUUUCAACCAACAUCCUCCCGGUGCAAUGCCAGGGGCGGUGUUCCGCAUCGACGAAGAGGAGGAGGGCAGCCAGGCCGGGUCUUCGAAGAGAAUGAAAAUGACCAAUCCGGUGGGUGACGGGAGCUCUGCACUGAGUGAUCCGUUCCAGGACCCAGCGAUUACAGGUGAGCCCGCGCUGCAAGGUGAUGCGGCAAUACAACGCAAGAAAGAAGUCGAGAGCUGGGUCGAAGACUGGCAAUCAGCCGCGGAGACCAUGAGCAUGUCGAGAAGCACCAGUCAAGCGUACAGCAGAACGUAUUCCAACCUCUCCCAAUUUCGGCCGCCCGGGAGCUCUCAAGGGCGUGGUUCGCCGGAAAAGUCGGAUCGAACGGGCAGCAAUCUUUCUGAAAACAGUGUGAUGACCACGUCUUCCUUUCAGAAAUCGGCUGGCAGCACAAUGUCGCGCAGCAUUUCUCAGAGAAGUGCCAGCGCAGGAUAUGCGCUCUUCUCGGGCGCAGCAGCAGCUAUGAGCCGGGUUGGAAACGCCAGACAAGGCCCUUUCGACAAUGAUCCAAGAGCUGGCCCUGCCAGAACGCCAUCGAACCGCAGCAUUUCUCUCAACAUCGAUCCUGGAAGACAUCCCAACCCCAGAGACUAUGCAGACCCCUCCUCGUCAGCCCGGACUGGCUGGGGGCGGGUGAAGGGAGGCGAGGAUCAAGCCCUGCUGAAUCGCGCUCACCAGCGCCAGCCGCCUGGAGGACGUGGAUACCAAACGCUCGCAGAAACCUCGAGCAAAGACAAGUAUACCAGGGCCGGUAGCCUCACUGGAUCUGGCCGAAGGGCCUUGACGCUGCUUGGAAGCAUGAGACGAGUCUUCACAGGAACGGGCAGUGUCCAUGUACAUGACCGUGUUACUACGUUUGAAAACCAAAGCAGCCAGUCAAGCCCGACAAAGCAUUCCGCACAGCCGGAGAUGACAGACGCUGGUCUAAACAGGGCAUUGAGCGCCGGGGCGUCAUUCUGGCAAGGCAAGCGAGGAGCCAAGGACUGGGACAACGACGCGCCUGGUGCGAUUGAAGGUGGCUCAUCCACCGCCGUGAGAAGGAAACCGGUUCCAGGGUUUACGCUGAACGACACGGACGGCGAACUUGAGGAUUCAGACGACGACUGGGACGUGGAGACUGCGGUGCAGAAACGGGUAGUCCAGGUCAUGUUCACUGUUCCGAAAGAAAAACUGCGGGUGGUCAAUGCCGAUACGCUGAGUUUGCUGAGCAGUAACCAAAGCGAAGCGGACCACGACGAGGACAAGGACAGAGAUCAGGUUAAAAGGAUGAGCAGCGUACGGGAAGGGGACGAGUCCCAUGAUCCUGACGAUGAGGCGACAGAGGGUAAAGGCAAGGGCAAGGAAAGGGAGUAUUGA